AUGGCCGAUUUUUUCAAGUCAGCUUUUGGAUAUUUGAGUGGGGGGCAGAACAAAGAAGAUAAUGACUUCGUAGGUCAAUUGGUGGAGUUGGGAAACCAGAAACUUCGUGUUAAAAAAGUCAUUGCCGAAGGUGGAUUUGCUUUUGUUUUUAUUGCCCAAGAUGUAAGCAGUGGUAAAGAAUAUGCAUUAAAGAGGCUAUUAGCCAAUGACGAAGAGAAGAACAAUGCUGUUAUGAAUGAAAUUCGAUUUUUAAAAAAAUUAACAGGUCAUCCAAAUAUCAUUCAGUUUAUAUCAGCAGCAGCUAUUAAUAAAGACCAGUCGGAUCACGGCCAGUCUGAAUAUCUUAUACUUACUGAACUCUGUCCUGGUGGAGAGCUAGUGUCAUAUUUAAAUCGUAAUGAGUUACAAUUAGCUUGUAAUCAGAUCUUACUAGUAUUUCAUCAAACAUGUCGAGCUGUACAACAUAUGCAUAAACAGAAACCUCCUAUUAUACAUAGAGAUUUAAAAGUAGAGAAUUUAUUAAUAAGUGCCCAGGGAACUAUAAAAUUGUGUGAUUUUGGUAGUUCAACAACUAAACCUCAAUAUCCAGAUACAUCGUGGACAGCUAUACAGCGUAGUUUAGUUGAAGAUGAGAUUGCUAAAAAUACUACCCCUAUGUACAGAGCACCUGAAAUGUUAGAUUUAUAUCAGAAUUAUCCUAUAGAUGAACGUGGAGAUAUAUGGGCUUUAGGUUGUAUAUUAUUUACACUGUGUUUUAGAGAGCAUCCAUUUGAAGAUUCAGCCAAAUUACGUAUUAUUAAUGCAAACUAUACCAUUCCAGAAAGUGAUAGAAAAUAUAGCAUAUUUCAUGAUCUUAUACGUUGUAUGUUAAGAGUGGACCCCACUACUAGACCAAAUAUAAAUGAUAUAUUAGAUAGAUUAAAUGAUAUAGCCAAUGCUAGAAAUGUGAAUAUAAAAAAUCCUUUACGAUUUGAUGAUUCUGCUGUCAACAAACCUGGUAACUGCAGUCAAGGUCUCUUUAAUUCUCUACGAGGAGGGGCAGGAAACUUGAUGAAGAAUAUUAAAGAUGCUUCUAGUAAAGUUAUGGAAACAGUUUCUGCGACUAUGAAUAAAGGUGAUUUAGAUAUAUCAUAUAUAACGUCUAGGCUUAUAGUUAUGUCAUUCCCUGCUGAAGGCGUAGAAUCAGCCGUCAAAAACCACAUAGAAGAUGUACGAACCUUUCUAGAAGCUAAACAUAAAAACUGUUACGCUGUUUAUAAUUUAUCACAAAGAUCAUAUCGUGUCGGUUGUUUUGAGAACAGGGUAUCUGAGUGUGGCUGGCCUCAAAGAAAAGCGCCAACCUUAGCUAGUUUAUUUGCUAUCUGUAAAAAUAUGCAUCUAUGGUUACGGCAAAAUCCUAAAAAUAUAUGUGUUGUUCAUUGCACAGAUGGGAGAUCUAACUCUGCUACUGUGGUAGGAGCUUUCUUGGUAUUUUGUCGUCUGUUUGAAAAACAUACGUCUGCUAUGCACAUGUUUACAUCCAGACGCUCACCACCAGGGGUCUCUCCAGCACAAAAAAGAUAUAUAGGUUAUAUUAGUGAAAUGGUGUUAGAAAAUCCAGUUAUACCCCAUUCUUAUCCCAUAGUAUUAGAUAGUAUAGUCAUGACUCCGGUACCGUUGUUUAAUAAAAUGAAGAAUGGUGUGACACCGUUUGCUGAAGUGUUUGUGGGUGAAGAAAGAGUUAUGUCUUCCUCUCAAGAAUAUGAAAGAAUGAAACAAUUUGUAAUAGAAGAUGGUAGAGCCAAGUUAAAUUUAGAUGUUACUGUUAGUGGUGAUGUUACUAUUGUAGUUUAUCAUGCUAGAUCAACUUUUGGUGGGAAAAUACAGGGCAAGAUUACAUCUAUGAAAAUGUUUCAAAUCCAGUUUCAUACUGGUUUUAUUAAACCAGAAACAGAAAUUAUCAAAUAUACAUUGUAUGAUUUAGACCAGUUAGAUACUCCUGAUAAAUAUCCUGACAUGUUUCAUGUAAAACUAAAUGUUCAAGUAUUAACUAAUAAAAAGACAUUAACAAGUGAAUCCAGACCGCCUUGGGAAAAAUUUGAUCGUGAAAAAUUAGGACCUAAAAUUCUCUUCUCCAGUAAAGAAGAAGUACAUGAAGCAAUAUCUGAAUUUGGUAUGUCUGAUAAAGCCAAAGUCAGACUAAGUCAGUCAUCAAGUUUAAAUUCAGUUGAUAAUAGUCCACAACAUAUGGCUGACAACAAGCAGUCUCAAUCUGCCACAAAAUCUGAUGCAAAUUCUGGCUCUAAUAACUUUUUUAGUGACUUGGACUGGACCUCGGAAUCUAACCAAGAGCAGACGACAGUGAAAGAUAAGGAAUCUAGACAAGGUUUACUAGUCUCUGAUGAGGAAGAGGAUGGUUUUACGGCCUUGUCUCGUGCCAGCUCAGGACAAAUUAAUAAUAAAUGUGAUAAUUCCGAUAAUGUGCAACCUGAAAAACAAAAUGGCUCCAAUCAGGAGGAUGUAGAUUUGUUAAACAUGAACACACAAAACUUCAAAUCGCCAUCGCCAUCAGUGCAAACAUCUCAAUUUGAUGAUAAUUUUGGAAACGCUACAUUUGAUCCUUUCGAGAGUUCCUCAAAAUCAACUAAGAAAGAGGAAGAUCCAUUCCAAAAUGCUCCAUUUACUGGUGCGCCUGUGACCCAACCAGAUCCAUUCCAAGGUAGCUCAACAUCAACAAAUCAAAAUGGCAAAGAAGAAGAUGAAGAUGCUGAGUUCUUCAGAUUGAUGGAAGGUUCUAAAGAUAUUCCAGUGCCGCCUUCAGUCCCUGACAGUGAUAAUCUGAUGGGUAAUUGGGAUGCAAGCAAUAUUACAAAGAGCGGGGCAUCAAACAGAACCAGCGUUCCACGACCCAAACCAUCUGGUAAUGGUGCAUUUGGUCAAGAUUCCAAAGCUGAUCCUUUUGCAGAAUUUGGUAAUAUUGGAAGUAAAAAACCUGGUAGUGCUUUUAACAUACCUCCUGCCCCAUCUAAACAAACCAAUAAACCUGCUGGAAGUGGCAUGUCAUGGCAACAACCUUCUAACAGUUCCAAUAAUUUAGGAGGCAUGGGAAGUGGAUGGCAGCCACAGAGAAACUCACCAACACCAUCAGCUAGUCCUCAAAGACAGCCAUCUAAAUCUAAUUAUAGUAGUGUUAUAGGUGGUAGAGAGGAACGUGGUACCAGAUCUCAUUUCGGUCCCAAAAAGAAAGUAGAUGAAAAUGCAUUUGAUGAUUUGUUAGGCGGAGUGAAUUUUACCAAAAAAUCUGAGCCUAAAACAAUAGCUGAAAUGAGAAGGGAACAAGAAGUUGAAGAAAUGGACCCUGAUAAACUAAAAGUAAGAGACUGGACUCAAGGUAAAGAGAAAAAUAUUCGAGCAUUAUUAUCAUCAUUACAUAAAGUUUUAUGGGAUGAGGAAACACGUUGGAAAGAAGUGGGCAUGCACCAGUUAGUCUCAGCUGAUCAAGUGAAAAAAGUCUAUAGAAAAGCAGUAUUAUCAGUUCAUCCAGAUAAGUUGGCUGGGUCUGAAUUUGAGGCGUUGGCUAAACUCAUUUUUAUGGAAUUAAAUGAUGCAUGGGCCCAAUUUGAAAGUGAAGGAAUGAAAUCGUUAUACUAG